AGUCGCAUGUUCACCCCGACCACGGCCCCACCGCAAAUGGUAUUCACGAACGCGGACGUUGAGAGUCCCAACGCAACUCUGCUUACCACUGCUGCGCUGCGAAGCCGCCCCCCAACCAACGCCUGGUGGACUAGUUGGCUUCAGUAUACUGGAGCAGACACCACACCGAUCAACAUGAACCCCUACAUGGUGAAGGUGCUCCCAACGGGCCUGUGGGUGGCGUCGCCGCGCGAUUACACCCAGCUUGACGGCACCUGCCUGGGCGGAGCCUGCAUUCGGUUCGACUUCGACUACAAGCUUCAGAUCACAACCACUACUGGGGUCAGCGUCGUGGAGGUCGAGUCCUAUGACGACCUGUCGGUCACUUUCGUGUGGCGAGCGGUGGCGGGCGGCGGCGUCGUGAUGCGCUCGACGCUGUUGCAGGGCCUGCCGUACGUGACGGUUGAGUUCGUGGCCGUCAAGCCGCGGGUGGUGGUGAUUACGGGUGCUAUCCUGGCUGCGAACCCCUCCACAUGGGCAGCGGCCACCAAGUUCAAGGUGCCGCUGAACAACCAGCUGACUUGGGUCAUCUACACCAGCAGCUCUGUGGCCGCCACCUCCACUAGCACCAACUUUGAAGCCACCACCACCUUCACCGGCAGAUGGCGCCUGGCAACCGUGACGCACGCCAUGGCCCAGCCCUACGGCUGGCGCAAGGCCGAUCUGGCGGCCAACGCCGCCGCCUUUGAGACGCUGCUGGACUCGUGCGCUGCUGCUGUGCCCACCGGCGCGCGCGUGACGCUGGGCAUCCAGCCCGCGGCGCAGUCGCCCACCGGCGCUGACCGCGCCAUCCAGCAGAUCGACUACACGGUCGUGUCUCUGGACGGCACCGCCUCCACCAACCUGCUCAUGUUCACAAUGCCCCACCACCGCGAGGCGCUGGUCUCGCCCUCGCCCAACCCGGCCGCGUACCUGAUUGUCAAGAGCCCGCGCGGCAAUCUCAAGACCGUGGUCGGCACCAAAUGGGUAUUGGCAUUUGAGCUGCCCAGCAUCACCUGGGCGGCGCCGGGCGGUGCCGGCUCCAACUCGGCCUACCUGCAGACCAUAGCCAACCAAAUCACAGCCACGGAUGUGAACGCCGCCGGCGGCACGGACGUGCUGCCAAACGCCGCGCCACAGUUGGCUGACAUGGCCCGGUUGUAUCAGAUUGCCACGGAGCUGUCGCCCACAUACACCGCGCUCUCGGCCAGCGCCGUGACGCUGCGCAGCAACCUACUGACCAUGCUGAACCAGUGGCUUACCUCUAGCGACCUCAGCAACACCCGUGUAUUGUCGUAUGACAGCAAGUGGGGCGGCAUCAUUGCCUACGGGGUCGCCAAGUGGGCCACCGGGUCCGGCGGCAACCGCGACGGUUGGGGCAAGAACAACGCUUACACCAACCACCUGGAGGAUUACGGCCCAUUGCUGUACGCCGCGGCGGUGCUGGCCAAGGCCAACGUCACCUGGGGCAACGACGUCACGCCCUCGGUGAUGGCGCUGGUUCGUGAUCUGGCCAACCCGCGUGCCGACCUGUCGGACCCCUACUUCCCCUUCGCCCGCCACAUGGACUGGUACGAGGGACACAGCUGGAGCACCGGCCUGCUGUCUCGCACCUCAGACGGCGGCAUGGUCAACUGGGGCAAGUACCAGGAGCGCUCGGGCUCCGCAGUGGCCGCCUACUACUCCAUCGGCCUGUUCGGCGCCGCCAUCGGCAACGCCGACCUGCAGAAGUGGGGCCAGGUGCUGGCGGGCAUCGAGGCCGCCGGCGCACGCAACUACUUCCAGAUCCUCGCCACCGGCACGGAGGCCUACCCUGCUGGCACAUUCUAUGUGUGUAACGAUGCCGGUACAGAGACCUCGUACCCCGGCUACCCCACCAAUGGAAAGCACGUCCCCGGCAAAGUCUACCAGUCGUACGUCUGGUACUGGACAGAGGCCGGCGGCGUCAGCCAGGACGCGGCCGGGUACACGGCCCUGCAGCUCAUCCCGUUCCUGCCCGGCGCAUCGGAGCUGACUCAGCGCAAGCCCUGGAUCCAGGAGGCGUACGACAGCAUCGCCGGCUCCAGCACCGCCACGCCGUGGACCGCGUUCCGCGCUUUGCUGGGCUCCGCCACCAGCGCCGCGCAGCAGGGCACGUCGUGGACCGAGGUGCAGGUCAACGUGAGCGCCGACCCCACCAUGGUCGAUAUCACCGGUGGCUCGUUCAGUGUAAAGCACAGCAAGGCCUCGCUGCUCUACUGGGUGGCUAGCCGCAGCUUCGGCGCGGUGCCCGUGCCCGUGCCCUCACCCUCGCCGCCCAGCCCUGCUCCAAGCCCGGCACCGCCCAGUCCGGCGUCACUCAGCCCACCUCCGUCCCCUGCGCCGCCCAGCCCCAAACCACCCAGCCCGCCUCCAAGCCCUGCACCUCCGAGCCCAGCUCCGCCCAGCCCUCCUCCAUCCCCUGCGCCGCCCAGCCCGGCGCCACCUGGCCCUCCUCCGUCCCCUGCGCCGCCCAGCCCCAAACCACCCAGCCCGCCUCCAAGCCCCGCACCUCCGAGCCCAGCUCCACCCAGCCCUCCUCCAUUCCCUGCGCCGCCCAGCCCUGCACCGCCCAGCCCGCCGCCUUCCCCAGAGGCUCCUCUGAACGCUCCCCCAUCCCCGCCUCCCUCGCCCGCGCCUCCGUCGCCUGCGCCGCCCAGCCCGGCGCCGCCAAGCCCACCUCCAAGCCCCGAGCCGCCCAGCCCAGCGCCGCCUAGCCCUCCUCCGAGCCCCGCGCCGCCCAGCCCGGCGCCGCCAAGCCCCCCGCCCUCGCCUGCGCCGCCCAGCCCGGCGCCACCCAGCCCUCCGCCGUCGCCUGUGCCGCCCAGCCCUGCGCCGCCCAGCCCUCCUCCCUCUCCUGCACCGCCCAGCCCCGCGCCCUCACCACCGGCAUCGCCCUCGCCAGUCUCCGUCUCGCCUGUUGGUUGGACCCCUCUUGAUGUGUCCAUCGUGCCCACCUCGGCGCCCCCGGCUGCAUUCAGCCGCUACACCAACACCUGGUACAAGGGCAACUACCCCGCCUGGGGCGACUGGACCAACCCCAGCUUCGACAACGUGACCUACGCGCCCCAGGUGGAUCUGUUCGCCACCGGCGCCAGCGCCUUCCCCUACCCCACCAACUCCUGGUGGUCGUCCUGGUCGCACAACCGCACCAUCGGCUCCACACGCGGCGUGGGCGACGAGCCGGUGCAGAUGCACCCCUGGCGCGCCCGUGUGAUGCCCAGCUACCUAGAGCUGGUGCCGCCCGGCGUGCAGUGGGACGUCAAGCCCGGCUACAUUGUACCCGCCUACGACCGCAACAUCUCCAUCACCGCGGCCGAAGGCUUUGUCAGCCGCCGCAUUGUGGACUUCAACGAGAUGGGCGUUACCUUUGAGUGGCUGACUGCCACGGGCGUGUCGGGCGGUCCCGGCAGCAUGCGCGUUACCAUGCUCCAGGGCACGCCCUUCCUCACGGCGCGCUUUGUGGGCGUGACGCCGGUAGUGACCCAGCACGUGGCCUCACCGCUGGUCGUCGGCACGGGCAGCGGUCAAGUGGGCAAGUCCUUCAAGGUCACCAGCAACGGCCGCAUCAGCUUCAAGUACUAUUUCAGCCAGACCGUGACCGCGGACAUCAACGACACUCGCGUGGCCCUCACCGCGCCCUUCACCGGCGUCAUGCGCAUCGCCGUCCUCAACAGCACUAUUGCGCCGCUGGGCAUCCUCAGCAGCGUGGACAGCGUUAUGCAGGAGGCGGCAUACGACGCCAACGCCGACAUCUACCCGACCAGCGCCACCAUGACGCCCGGCUACCAGACACCUGCCCAGAGCGGCACGGGGUCUGAGCGCGGCAUUGUGCGCAUCAAGUUCACCACAGCCUCCAUGUCAGGCACUCCCACCGGGCAGCUCAUGAUGAUGACCAUGCCCCACCACCGCACGCACCUGCUGUACCCUGCGGUACCUGGCGCCGGCGCCGCCCGUGUGCGCAUGGACGACAUGCGUGGCGAGCUGGUCAGCGUGCUGGGAGACGAGUGGUUCCUGGGCUACGACCUUGCAGCCGUCAGCGCCGUCGGGUGGGGCGCCCGCAACACCAUUGCGGACUCGACCCGCCGCCAGUCCAUCAUCUCCACGCUGCUGGCUGAGGCCACCUCCUGGCCGGGCCUCACACCGCGCGACGACUCGUAUUACGGCGCCUCGGACAUGGCCGCAAUCGGCCGUAUGGCGAUCAUUGCCGACGAGAUGGCGGCGCUGGAGUCCGCCUCGGCGUCUAGCCUGGCGGCGGCCGCCACCUCGCUGCGCACCAAGCUCAAGGCGGCGCUGGACGCGCGGCUGAACGCGGCGGGCACGGGCAACAACGCGUCUCUGGUGUACGACACGACGUGGGGCGGGCUGAUUGUGUACAAGGACGCGCGCUACAGCCUGGAACACAACUUUGGCAACCGCGUGUACAACGACCACCACUACCACUACGGCUACUACCUCAUGGGUGCGGCGCUGCUUGGCAAAGCCGACCCCACCUGGCUCACCGCCAACCUGCCCGCGCUCACCACGCUCGUGCGCGACUUUGCCAACCCCAACAAGGCCGACUCCUAUUUCCCGCUUGCGCGCAUGAUGGACUGGUGGGAGGGGCACAGCUGGGCGGGCGGCAUGCAGGUGUUUGGCGACGGCAAGAACCAGGAGAGCACCUCCGAGUCUGUGAACGGCUAUUACGCUGUCGCGCUGCUGGGCCGCGCGCUGGCGCAGGCGGGCGUGGCGGGCGCAGCCGACCUGACGCGCUGGGGUCAGCUGCUCAUGGCAGUGGAGGUGAGCGGCGCGCAGCACUACUACCAGAUGACGGAGGCGGCCACUGCGUUCCCGGUGGUGUACCCCAAGCCCUUCCGCGACAACAAGGCGGUGGGCAUCCUGUGGAACAGCAAGGUCGACUACUCCACCUGGUUCGGCUCGACGCCCAUCUACAUCCACGCCAUCCAGUACAUCCCCUUCACGCCCGCCUCCGAGGUGCUGCUGCGCCGCGAGUGGAUGGUCGAGUCCUACCCCGUGGCCUCCUUCAACCUCUCCAACCUGGCUGUCACGCCCUGCUGGAAGCAGUUCGGAGACGCAGCGCUGGCCAUGCUCAACAGCACGGGCACGGCCACCGCCUGGUCGCGCACCCUGGCCCUGCCUUACACCGCCGCGGACGGCUCCCCCAACUUCUUUGGCGGAUGGGCUUCACACCCCAAGACAGCCCUGCUGUACUGGAUUGCCAGCCGGGAGGGCGCACCCAUGCCGUCGCCGCCACCUCUGCCGCCCGCGGCCCCUCCGCCGCCAAGCCCGUCGCCUGCGCCCCCCAGCCCGCCACAGCCCAGCCCGGCGCCGCCAAGCCCGCCACCGGCGCCUGCGCCGCCAAGCCCCGCACCCUCGCCCGUGCCGCCUAGCCCGGCGCCUCCUAGCCCACCGUCGGUCCCGGCGCCACCCAGCCCCGCACCCUCGCCACCGUCACCACCCUUCAACUCGCCUGUUAGUUGGACCCCUCUUGACGUGUCCAUUGUGCCCACCUCGGCGCCCCCGGCUGCAUUCAGCCGCUACACCAAUACCUGGUACAAGGGCAACUACCCCGCCUGGGGCGACUGGACCAACCCCAGCUUCGACAACGUGACCUACGCGCCCCAGGUGGAUCUGUUCGCCACCGGCGCCAGUGCCUUCCCCUACCCCACCAACUCCUGGUGGUCGUCCUGGUCGCACAACCGCACCAUCGGCUCCACACGCGGCGUGGGCGACGAGCCGGUGCAGAUGCACCCCUGGCGCGCGCGUGUGAUGCCCAGCUACCUAGAGCUGGUGCCGCCCGGCGUGCAGUGGGACGUCAAGCCCGGCUACAUUGUACCCGCCUACGACCGCAACAUCUCCAUCACCGCGGCCGAGGGCUUUGUCAGCCGCCGCAUUGUGGACUUCAACGAGAUGGGCGUUACCUUUGAGUGGCUGACUGCCACGGGCGUGUCGGGCGGUCCCGGCAGCAUGCGCGUUACCAUGCUCCAGGGCACGCCCUUCCUCACGGCGCGCUUUGUGGGUGUGACGCCAGUAGUGACCCAGCACGUGGCCUCACCGCUGGUCGUCGGCACGGGCAGCGGUCAAGUGGGCAAGUCCUUCAAGGUCACCAGCAACGGCCGCAUCAGCUUCAAGUACUAUUUCAGCCAGACCGUGACCGCGGACAUCAACGACACUCGCGUGGCCCUCACCGCGCCCUUCACGGGCGUCAUGCGCAUCGCCGUCCUCAACAGCACUAUUGCGCCGCUGGGUAUCCUCAGCAGCGUGGACAGCGUUAUGCAGGAGGCGGCAUACGACGCCAACGCCGACAUCUACCCGACGGGCGCCACCAUGACACCCGGCUACCAGACACCUGCCCAGAGCGGCACGGGGUCUGAGCGCGGCAUUGUGCGCAUCAAGUUCACCACAGCCUCCAUGUCAGGCACCCCCACCGGGCAGCUCAUGAUGAUGACCAUGCCCCACCACCGCACGCACCUGCUGUACCCUGCGGUACCUGGCGCCGGCGCCACCCGUGUGCGCAUGGACGACAUGCGUGGCGAGCUGGUCAGCGUGCUGGGCGACGAGUGGUUCCUGGGCUACGACCUUGCAGCCGUCAGCGCCGUCGGGUGGGGCGCCCGCAACACCAUCGCGGACUCCACCCGCCGCCAGUCCAUCAUCUCCACGCUGCUGGCUGAGGCCACCUCCUGGCCGGGCCUCACGCCACGUGACGACUCUUAUUACGGCGCCUCGGACAUGGCCGCAAUCGGCCGUAUGGCGAUCAUUGCCGACGAGAUGGCGGCGCUGGAGUCCGCCUCGGCGUCUAGCCUGGCGGCCGCCGCCACCUCGCUGCGCACCAAGCUCAAGGCGGCGCUGGACGCGCGGCUGAACGCGGCGGGCACGGGCAACAACGCGUCUCUGGUGUACGACACGACGUGGGGCGGGCUGAUUGUGUACAAGGACGCGCGCUACAGCCUGGAACACAACUUUGGCAACCGCGUGUACAAUGACCACCACUACCACUACGGCUACUAUCUCAUGGGUGCGGCGCUGCUUGGCAAAGCCGACCCCACCUGGCUCACUGCCAACCUGCCCGCGCUCACCACGCUCGUGCGCGACUUUGCCAACCCCAGCAAGGCCGACGCCUAUUUCCCGCUUGCGCGCAUGAUGGACUGGUGGGAGGGGCACAGCUGGGCGGGCGGCAUGCAGGUGUUUGGCGACGGCAAGAACCAGGAGAGCACCUCUGAGUCUGUGAACGGCUAUUACGCCGUCGCGCUGCUGGGCCGCGCGCUGGCGCAGGCGGGCGUGGCGGGCGCAGCCGACCUGACGCGCUGGGGUCAGCUGCUCAUGGCAGUGGAGGUGAGCGGCGCGCAGCACUACUACCAGAUGACGGAGGCGGCCACUGCGUUCCCGGUGGUGUACCCCAAGCCCUUCCGCGACAACAAGGCUGUGGGCAUCCUGUGGAACAGCAAGGUCGACUACGCCACCUGGUUCGGCUCGACGCCCAUCUACAUCCACGCCAUCCAGUACAUCCCCUUCACGCCCGCCUCCGAGGUGCUGCUGCGCCGCGAGUGGAUGGUCGAGUCCUACCCCGUGGCCUCCUUCAACCUCUCCAACCUGGCCGUCACGCCCUGCUGGAAGCAGUUCGGAGACGCCGCGCUGGCCAUGCUCAACAGCACGGGCACGGCCACCGCCUGGUCGCGCACCCUGGCCCUGCCCUACACCGCCGCGGACGGCUCCCCCAACUUCUUUGGCGGAUGGGCUUCACACCCCAAGACAGCCCUGCUGUACUGGAUUGCCAGCCGGGAGGGCGCACCCAUGACUUCGCCGCCGCCUCUGCCGCCCACGGCCCCUCCGCCGCCAAGCCCGUCGCCUGCGCCGCCAAGCCCGUCGCCUGCGCCGCCAAGCCCGGCGCCUUCGCCCGUGCCGCCUAGCCCUGCGCCUCCUAGCCCACCGUCGGUCCCGGCGCCGCCCAGCCCGGCGCCCUCGCCCCUGGCACCGCCGCUGCCGCCCAGCCCGCCCACGCCGCCGGACACGCAGGACUCUCCUGUGCCGUACACCCCCUUGGUGGUCGGCAGCGUGGCCCCAGACGCGCCGCCCGGCAGCAUCGCCACCGUCAGUAACAACACGCAAUACAUUCAGGGGGGCGUGGUGCGGAGCCACCAGCCCACGCUGCCUGCCAGCUUCUUCCCCUACCCCACCAAUACCUGGUGGUCGCCCCUCUCGCACCUCAACCUCGAUAACGUCGACUUCAAGACCAUGCUGCAUCCCUGGCACGUCAAGGUGCAGGACUCACAGUUGGAGAUGGUGGCGCCCGGCGCGUACUGGUCGGUGGUGGGCGACACCAUUUCGUCCGCCUACUCGCGUGAGGUGGGGCUGGGCGCCGUGGAGGCGCUCGGCCGCCGCAGCAUUGUGUCUGGCAACGAGAUGGGUGCUACUGUGGAGUGGCUGACCGACGCCGGCGUGUCGGGCGGCGACGGCAGUAUGCGCGUCACGCUGCUGCAGGGCUGCCCCUUCAUCACCGCGCGCUAUGUGGGCCUGACGCCCAUCAUCCGGCACAAGGUCACCGAGGCGCCGCUCAUUGUGGGCACCGGCCUGGGCAAGAUCGGCACGUCCUUCAAGGUGGAGAACAACGCCGGCAUCACAUACAAGUACUACUUCAGCCAGCGUGUGACGGUGGACAUCACCUCUGGCUCCGUGGUGGUCACCUCGCCACUUCCCUUCACCGGCGUGCUCCGUGUGGCGGUGCUCAAGAGCUCCAUGGCCGACGCCAUCGCGCUGCAGCCGCUGCUCAACGUGGACGUGGCGACACUGGCGGCGGUGGAGCAAGUGUACGACGCCAACAGCGACAUCUACCCGGUCGGCGCGAGCGUCAAGUAUGGCUACCAGACUCCCGCCCAGAGCGGCACGGGGUCUGAGCGCGGCGUCCUGCGCAUCAAGUUCACCACAGCCUCCAUGUCGGGCACCCCCACUGGGCAGCUCAUGAUGCUGUCACUGCCGCACCAGCGGCCCCGCCUGCUGUACCCGCCCGCCCCCACCGGCCAGCUUGUGCGCGUGAACGACUUCCGCGGUGAGCUGGUGCACCGCCUUGGCGACGACUGGGUGCUUGCCUACGACCUGCCGCCCGUGUCCUUCACCUCCUUGAACGGCGUGACCAACACGGCGCGCCGGGACGCCAUCGCCACUACGCUCAUCAACGACAUCUCUGGCUGGAGCGGCAUGGAGCCGCGCAACAACGGCUACCUGGGCACAAGCGACCUGGCCGCGAUCGGCCGCAUGCUGAGUAUCGCCGAGGAAAUUGCGCCGCAGCUGCCGAGCGGCACCACCAAGGACUGGCUGCUCAGCCAGGUCGUGUGGGCGCGCACGCGCCUGACCGACAGCCUGGAUGCGCGCCUCCGCACCUCCACCAUCAACUCGUCCUUCGUGUACGACAGCACCUGGGGUGGCCUCAUCCUGCUGGGUGACGCCAAGGACGGCCAGCUCAGCAACUACGAGCACCGCACCUACAACAGCCACCACAGCUCGGGCGGCUACCUGCUGGCUGCGGCGGCGGCGCUGGCCAAGUCCAACUCCACCUGGCUGGCGGCGCGCCAGGCCAACGUCAUGGCGCUUCUGCGCGACUUUGCCAACCCCAACAAGGCCGACCCUUACUUCCCCUUCGCGCGCCACAUGGACUGGUGGGAGGGGCACAGCUGGGGCACGGGCACGCAAGUGUUCGUGGACGGCAAGAACCAGGACAGCAGCUCCGAGGCCGUGAACGCCUACUACGCAGUGGCGCAGCUGGGCGCGGCCGCGGGCGACGCCGACCUGCGGCGCUGGGGCCAGCUGCUCACCGCAAUCGAGAUUGCUGGUGCGCAGCACUACUUCCAGUCCCCAUCCAACGGCGCGCCCGCCUCACCCUACGCCUCGCCCUUCAAGGACAACAAGGUGGUGGGCCGCCUGUGGAAUGGCCAGGUCGACCGCGGCACCACGCGCUGGGGUGACGCGGUCCUGACCAACCAAGCCUCGCAUUACGCGCCCUUCACCGCCGUCAGCCCCUUGCUGCUGCGUACCGACUGGAUUGGCGAGUCGUAUGCGGUGGCCGCGGCCGACACCACCACCGCCACCGCGGCAGGCACUGUAGGGUGGUCCUUCAUCGCCAACAUGGCGCGCGCGCUGACCACCGACGUCAGCGGCGCGUGGAACGCCAUCUCUGGCGUCUCGCCCACGGACGCGCGCUUCUUUGGCAACUGGCCCUCGGCCCCGAAGUCGGUGCAGCUGUACACGAUUGCCAGCUGCGACACACCACCCACGCCUUCGCCCUCGCCACCUUCGCCUGCGCCGCCCAGCCCGGCGCCGCCCAGCCCUCCUCCGAGCCCUGCGCCGCCCAGCCCGGCGCCGCCCAGCCCUCCUCCAAGCCCCGAGCCGCCCAGCCCGGCGCCGCCUAGCCCUCCUCCGAGCCCUGCACCGCCCAGCCCGGCGCCGCCUAGCCCUCCUCCAAGCCCCGCGCCGCCCAGCCCGGCGCCGCCUAGCCCUCCUCCGAGCCCUGCACCGCCCAGCCCGGCGCCGCCCAGCCCUCCUCCAAGCCCCGAGCCGCCCAGCCCUGCGCCGCCCAGCCCUCCUCCGAGCCCUGCGCCGCCCAGCCCGGCGCCGCCUAGCCCUCCUCCGAGCCCUGCGCCGCCCAGCCCGGCGCCGCCCAGCCCUCCUCCAAGCCCCGUGCCGCCCAGCCCGGCGCCACCCGGCCCUCCUCCGAGCCCGGCGCCGCCCAGCCCUGCGCCGCCCAGCCCUCCUCCGAGCCCGGCGCCGCCCAGCCCUGCGCCGCCCAGCCCUCCUCCGAGCCCGGCGCCGCCCAGCCCUGCGCCGCCCAGCCCUCCUCCAAGCCCUGCGCCGCCCAGCCCGGCGCCGCCCAGCCCUCCUCCGAGCCCUGCGCCGCCCAGCCCGGCGCCACCCAGCCCGCCUCCGAGCCCGGCGCCACCCAGCCCUGCGCCGCCCAGCCCGGUGCCGCCCAGCCCUCCUCCAUCGCCUUCGCCACCCAGCCCCAAGCCGCCUAGCCCAUCGCCACCCAGCCCCAAGCCGCCUAGCCCAUCGCCACCCAGCCCCAAGCCGCCUAGCCCAUCGCCACCCAGCCCUAAGCCGCCCAGGCCAUCGCCGCCCAGCCCUAGGCCACCCAGCCCAUCGCCACCCAGCCCCAAGCCGCCUAGCCCUAGGCCACCCAGCCCCAAGCCGCCAUCGCCAUCGCCUCCUAAGAAAACUCCUGGCGGUACUGGACGCCGCCGUCAACUGCAGCGCGAGAGCCGCAACUUCAAGCGCCAUUCCCGUCGAUUGGCAAUGUGAGUGGCUAUCCAGCCUGGUGCCCGCUGAGUCACACGACGGGUAUGCGACAUGAGUCACAUGAAGGCUGUGUCUCGGCGGGAGGGGGGGCAAAAGACGGACGCAGUGCCGGUGGACUUCAACAGUGCAGAGGAGUACUUCGGCCUCUGGAGGACUGCUUUCAUUUUGCUAUAAUUGUGACAGCUUAUUUAUACAAACAUUGACGGGCUUUUAGGGCGCUGAAAUCAAAGCGUACCUCGCCUCAUUUUUCCGGCACGGCGGUGUGUGCUCGGAUGACAGUGUCGCGUGCGCAGUGAAGUUUACCCACUUCCCGUCUUAGUUAAAGUGCACGGCCGUCCGAAGACGUUUAUAUCAAGCUCCUCUGCAUGCAGCGUGCAUCUUGGCUGCCAAUGAAGUUAUGCGGCCGGAGUCCAGUGCACACACACUUUGUUGCAUAGAUUGCAUAUGGUCAAAUGGUGCAAGGCGUAGCACGGAACUGGUGCAUCUCAUAUACGGAGAUACAGUGUUUGGAUUGGCUAUUGUAGGGAGUAUACUUUUGACCUGGCAGUUUGUUUAUCCUGUUCUCGUGCUCAAUCGUGCGUUGGAGGCUCUGCCAUUAUAUAUGCAUAGAGCACUGAAGAUGUGCGCAGCAAUGUGUACAAGUGCCAAUGACGGGCAUCUGUUUGGAGUGUGUGCAUCAGGAUGGAGGAACCAGCAGUACGACAAACGUCGUCAAUCUUGAGAUCCCUGCUUGUCAUCACACCUUGAGCUGCCUGGCGUCGUGUCCAGCCUGGCACAGCCACUUAGGCCGUGACGUAUCAUGGUGAUUUCGUUGGGAUUCGGAUGUCGUCAGGGUGCACUCCUGGUUUUUCGUGCUUGAGACUGUGUACGUGAUUCAGCCUAGUCACCUUGGGCUACAUGAGCCCGCUGGGUGCGUGCAGGGGUGCUGGGUGUCUUGGUGGAUCAGCGCUCCCAUGCAGUACCUUUGAUGUCGAUGCAAAGCUGUGGCAUAGCAAAGCCGUGGCAUAGCAGACGUGUUGAUGUUGCGCCGCAAGCUGUGCAUGCGCGAACCGCCAGCCAGGUAGCGGCGAAGGCCGCUGGUAAGGACUUGUAAACUCUGAAUUCUGGGGCGCGCUCUGUACGACCGCUUGACGUAUGAGUGUAUGACCCUUCCAGAGAGCGUCGCCGCGAGCUCGAGCAUCAGCAUGCGGGACGGCAAUGCGGGAUGUGGUGAUACGGUACCGUACGUGGGGGCGGAUGGAUUGCCCUAUCUGCAGCGGCGCUGCGCUUGUGCGCAGCCAGGGGAGUUGGGGACCCCUUCCCUGCCUUCGUUGGGCGGCGCAGGGUGAAGGGGAUGGGGGAAUGCGUAUAUACUGUCACUGCAGCUAUCGGAGCAGCACUGGCAGGUUGAGUAUGUGCUGGGGGCAAAACGUGCAGCGCGUGGGCGGUGCGGGCCGCUGUGCAGUACAUCUACCGCUGGAACGGCUUGCUCCAAAUGCUGUAUGGUUGCGAUAUUACAAAG